AUGGCCUCCGUGAGAUUUAUCGAUAUCGGAAACAGUGAAUCAGCAUACUAUGCCCCAGGCACCGUCUCCAGCGGUCGAGAUUUGAUUCAUAUCGCUGGACAGCAGGGCAUAACCAAAAACAACACUUGCCCUGCUGAUUAUGAAAGUCAGAUUCACCUCGCACUACUCAACAUCCAUCGUAUCAUUAUAGCCGCAGGAGCAUCGGUUUCGGACAUCCUCAAGCUAACAAUCUACAUUGUCGACUACGACCCCAACCGACGUCUACACACCAAACUUUUUCAACGCUUUUAUAAUGGUCAUCGACCUGCGAUGACCCUUGUUCCUGUUGCGCAACUGGCGGUGCCCGAGUGGUUAGUUGAGAUCGAUGCCGUGGUGACAAAGCCAUCUCCGCUUGCCCUAAAGCAGCUGUCGCCAGCUUCUGCAGAGUCGGUCGAUGUUAUUGUCAUCGGAGCUGGCCUCGCUGGUUUGGCUGCUGCCCGUGAUGUCGUCAACGCUGGCUACUCGGUCCUUCUAUUCGAAGCUCGUGACCGAGUCGGCGGCCGUACCUGGAGUCAGCCGCCUCCGGACGGAAAGGGCGUCAUUGAUCUGGGAGCAGCAUGGAUCAACGACACAAACCAGAGCCGUAUGGCGGCCUUGGCUCGUUCCACGGGAGCCGAAUUAAUGGUGCAGAACACGAACGGUAAUGCGAUUUUGCAAGAUGUUGACGGUUCCAUCAAGACUUUCAAAUAUGGUGAUCUACCUCCGUUUCCCAAGGAUAUUAGGGAUGAUCUUGCUCGUAUUCGAGAUACUGUGCACCAAGAUUCUGUGACUCUAUCGGUCACUAGCCACGAGGAUGCCCGCUCGGCCGAGCUGGACUCGAUGACUUUCCUCGCUUACCUGAAGAAUCUUGGAGCUGGUAAAGCCGCCAUCAACACAGCCGCGGUCUGGUCUCGAGCAAUGCUCGGCCAGGAGCCCAGCAGGAUCUCGGCGCUUUUCUUCCUCCACUACUGCGCAGCGGGUGGUGGUCUGUACACUAUGCGUUCAGAUGCUAAGGACGGAGGCCAGUACUUGCGCGUGCGUCAAGGAACUCAACACUUUUCGAAAAAGAUGGCCGCAGGCCUCCCGUCCGGUAUACUUCAUCUCGAAUCUCCUGUCGCAUCAAUCCAGCGAGAGGGACCACAGUCGAUUCUUGUUACCACGUCAAACAACAACCGGACCUACAGAACCAAAAAGGUCAUCUCGGCCGUCCCACCGGGGACUGUCAAGAAGAUUGCGUUCCACCCGCCCCUGCCACCUGGCAAGAGGCUUUUGCUCGAUUCUUACAAGUAUGGCUACUACCAAAAAGUCAUGGUUCUUUUCAAGUCUGCCUUCUGGGUCAAAUUAGGCUCCUGUGGUCUGGUACAAUCCUUCAUCGGCCCUAUCUCGAUCAUUCGCGACUCUUGCAUCCCGGCCGAUGGAAAAUUCGUUCUGACUUUGUUCCUGUCUGGCGAUACCGGCGAAGCCUGGUCCCAGCUUCCCACGGUCGAAGAAAAGAAGGAAGCGCUGCUCAGUCAACUUGGAGCCAUUUUCCAAGAUCGUGAAUUGGUUGACGGUGAGUAUGUUGACAUGAUCGGUCACCAAUGGAACGAUGAGGCAUGGAGUGGAUAUGGAUGCCCAAGCUCUUCCACAGCACCGGGCGUGUUGAGCGGAGUAGGCAGCUGGCUGAAGGCUAGCGUAGGUGAUGUCCAUUUCGUCGGCACCGAGACUAGCGACGUCUGGAGAGGCUACAUGGAAGGCGCUGUCAGGAGUGGAGAGCGUGGAGCCGUAGAAGUCCUGGCUGCUCUCCGAGGACCUGGACCUAAGCUUUGA